CUCCCUGUGCUGCGGGCCGGCUGGGCGACGCGCUCUUCUGGGAGCCGCUCACUGCAUGGUAGAGUCUGGUGCCCCCGCCGCCGCCUGCGAAGCCGCCGCCGCCCCGCGACGACCACCGCUACCCCCUGCCCUGCAGCCGCCGCCGCCGCCGCCUGUGUCGCCGCCGCCUCGGGACCGGCUGUAUGAUUAGGCCACAAUCUUCAAUGAGUAAACAUAUUCCUCAGUUCUGUGGUGUUCUUGGUCACACAUUUAUGGAGUUUCUGAAGGGCAGUGGAGAUUACUGCCAGGCACAGCACGACCUCUAUGCAGACAAGUGAACUGUAGAAAUUCAUUACUACUCCACCAAGAAGCCCCCAUAAGAGUGGUUAACCUGGACACAGAAGUGUUGAAUUGAAAUCCACAGAGCAUUUUACAAGAGUUCUGACCUGGAUGGGGUAAACCUCAGUGCACUUCCUUUCUAUUGCCUCAGUAUUACUGGAUUGAAGAAUUGCUGCUUCUUGUUAGGAGGUUCAUUUCAUUUCCCAUUACUCCCAACUUCAUACUCAAAGCACUGAGAAUUUCAAGUGGAGUAUAUUGAAGUAGACUCAGUUUCUUUGCAUCAUUUCUGUAUUCAAUUUUUUAAAUUCUUUCAUAACCCUAUUGAGUGUUUUUUAAUUAAAUUAACAUGGCUCGAAUGAACCGCCCAGCUCCUGUGGAAGUCACAUACAAGAACAUGAGAUUUCUUAUUACACACAAUCCAACCAAUGCGACCUUAAACAAAUUUAUAGAGGAACUUAAGAAGUAUGGAGUUACAACAAUAGUUAGAGUAUGUGAAGCAACUUAUGACACUACUCUUGUGGAGAAAGAAGGCAUCCAUGUUCUCGAUUGGCCUUUUGAUGAUGGUGCACCACCAUCCAACCAGAUUGUUGAUGACUGGUUAAGUCUUGUAAAAAUUAAGUUUCGUGAAGAACCUGGUUGUUGUAUUGCUGUCCAUUGUGUUGCAGGCCUUGGGAGAGCUCCAGUGCUUGUUGCUCUAGCAUUAAUUGAAGGUGGAAUGAAAUAUGAAGAUGCAGUACAGUUCAUAAGACAAAAGCGGCGUGGAGCUUUUAACAGCAAGCAACUUUUGUAUUUGGAGAAGUAUCGUCCUAAAAUGCGGCUGCGCUUCAAAGACUCCAAUGGUCAUAGAAACAACUGUUGCAUUCAAUAAAACUGGGGUGCCUGAUGUCAUUGCCUUGGAAGUGGAACUUGAAACAGGACCUAAUUUGUCAUAUAUACAUAUUAGCCAAUAUGUUGGCUUGGUGAUUAAGUCUAAUGAAGCUUCCAUAGGAGUAUUGGAAAGCGGUUUUAUCAGGCCACAAGUUUGAUGGAAUUGCAACCUCUAUGUUUGGGUUACGAUCAAACUAUUUGGACACUUAGCAAAAGUUUCUUGCUUUACAGCAUUUAAAAUGUGCUUAUCACUUGUACCAAUUGACCUUUCCUGAAAUCAUGCAGUAUUGAGUUAUGUCUUUAAAUCUAUUCCCAUGCCAGAAUCUUAUCAAUAUAUAAGAAAUUUAGAAAGAUUAGGUGCCAAAAUACCCAGCACAAUACUUGUUGUAUAUUUUUAGUAUCAGACAGAACUAAAAUCCCAGGAACUAUGAACACUCUGGACCUUAUGUGGUUUAUUCCUUCAGUCAUUUCAAACAUAGAAAUUAGGGCCUAUAUGGUUAUUUGCCUGCUCACUUUAUGUUUACAUCUCCCACAUUUAUACCAGUAUACAUCAGGUUUGCUCAACUCUCUUUUUUUUUUUUUUUUUUUUUUUCCUUUUUUUGGGGGUGGGGGGAUUUUUACUAAGUCUUAAAAUUAUUUCAUGUCUUUCUACAAACUUCAUUUUGUGCUGUUAUGGAAAACCUCCAUUUUGAAAAUCUACGUUGUACAGAAGCACAUGUCUUUAAUGUCUCCAGACAAAAAAGCCUUACAGUUAAUUUUAAUGUUUGCACUUUGGGGUGCAACUUACAGGGAGGGCCUGAAAAAAGAGUGGGAGGGGGCUAUUAAGUAUUUUUAGUAAAUGUUGCCUUUGUCUUGUGCAGAACAUGUAGAAUAUGCUCUUUAAUUUAGUAAAUAUUUUUUUAAAACGUAGAGAUGCUUUGUUAUUGUAGCUAAAACAAUUCUUAAUCAUAAAAUUUCUGAAAUUCUUGUAUUUUUUUUUCUUAUCUGAAGUUGUUUACCAACUUAUUUUUGUUUGAAGUGUGAUUUUUUUUUCUCUUCCCAACCUCUCUUGCAAAAAAAAAAAAAAGUGGGUUUCUGCUAAUGAAUUGAGCAGACAUCUAAUAUUUUAUAUGCCUUUUGAGCUGUGUAACUUAAUAUUUGGAUACUUGAUAAUUUGUUUUAUUAUGUAAUUGAUAAAAUGGUGAUGUGUAUUAAUGUUAGUUCAACCAUAUAUUUAUACUGUCUGGGAAUGUGUGGUUAUAGUUCUGUGGGAGAAAUAAUUUGUCAGUGUUCACCAGCUUGUAAAAAUCUAGUGCGAGAGCUUAAACAUCUAAAUAAAUAAUGAAAUGCAUUUAUCAUCAUUGAAA